AUGCUGAGCUAUCUCGUUCCCGGAGAGUGCAGCGUAAAGGUGCAGCUGAGAGAUCUUCAGAAAGAAGACCUUGAGCUGAUGGAGGCACAGAAGGACACAAUUUGUUCGAUGGACAUGAACACAAACCAAUUUAUUUUGCCAGUUAUUCUUGACGAAAUAAAGAGACUGUGCACGAUCGAAGGCGUUUCUCCAGAUUUUUUUAACAUAUCUGCAGAAGAGCUUCAAAACAUCCUAGAUGGAGACUCAUUGCAGUCUACGCUCUCUCAGGAGAGAAUAACCGACUUUUUAAACAUUUUAUUUAGUGCAGAAAUUGACAAUGGAUCCCUUGUGUGUGUGGCAUGCAAUGAAGUGUAUCCCAUCAACAACAACAUAGUUGAUUUUGUGCAGAAGGAAGAUGUAUAA